CACAACUCGGAUGCGUCCCUCAAUGAAAUCGAGUUUGACACCUCUGAUUUAGCAUUUUCAGAACAACUAUCUUGUUCAUCAAAUACUAAUCAACAAUCUUGACAACCUUGUACUUAUAUUUCAGGAGGUGAUGAGGAAUUUGGUUAAGAGAUAUGUAGCAGCAAUGAUAAGAGAUGCUAAAACUGAAGAGGGACUAACAGAAGAGAAUUUUAAGGAAUUAAAGCAAGAUAUUUCCAGUUUUCGCUUUGAAGUAUUGGGUCUUUUAAAAGGAAACAAACUGGGUAAUAUACAACACUCUAAAACUAGCACAGAAGCCUCCUCCUUGACAGAAUCUGAUGAAGGAAGUGAAAGUGGAGGAAAUGAAAAAAUCAUGAAGAAAAACCUCAGCCUUUUCGAAAUAACUACAAUGAUUCACCCAAGAGUAGUAGCAAAAGUCUCUAAAGCACACAACCAAAGCAAUGGGUCAGCAAUGAUGUCAACUGAAUCCAUGAAGGAAAGACAAAAGAAAGUUAACUUUGUAGCUGAGGUAAAAAAGCGUAGGUUGUUUCAUAGACAAUCAAAUAAUGGCUCUAUUGAGCAUAGUACAAAUAAAAUUUAUUCAAUUUCUGAAGAAAUUUCCCAUCAACAAACAGAAGAACAUAAGAGAGUAAUUGAACUGGGAGAUAAAUCAUUGGCUGUGAACUGUGAGCUAAACAAACAGGAUCUCAGUGCAAAGUGCACAGUUCCCAGUAAUGAGCAAGGUAGAAAGGAGACUUUCGACUGUAUGCUGAAUAAGAAAGCUGCUUCCUCUGACUGGAAAACCACCAAGGGGCAGGACUCUAAUUUUCCCAGAGAAAGUGAUUUGCUAAACAAUGAGCAGGACAUCAACAUCAUAAAGGAAGAAACAAAUAUUCAGAGCAGCUAUAUGACAACAAGGUUGUGAUGAAAGUAGGCAGAACCUGUCAAAUUAUGUAUAAAUUGUAAAAUGCUUUGAAACAGAAAUAUUUAAACUUAACUACCAAAUACAGUAUUAGAAUAUUCAAAAACUGUAGGGCAAAAUAUUGUAAUAUAAUUCUAUGACGAAAAAUAAACAGAAAAAUCUGCUUUGUAACUCAUUUUUGUUUUUACAAUUACUUUUACAGAUUUUAUUAAGCAGGAGUGUCUGGUAUUCUUGUAUUGUUGCAAUAAAUGCAGAAAGGUUUAUAGAUACCUUCUUCAAUCUGAAUUAAAAAAACAUUUUCUCUGUGAUAGUUGGUGCUUAUAGUAAAUAUUUUUCUAUGCAAAUAAACAUAGCUUAAUAAAGGUGUGAGCCAAUAUGAAUGUGUUUUAAUGUUUCCUAUUGAACCAUUAAAAUGUUUCGUAUCUGUA